ACUGUGCUCGAACGAAUAUUAUAUUCGUUCGUUCGUUCAUUUCAGUUCAUCAAAUCUAAUAAACAAUGUCUGGUCGCGGCAAGGGCGGUAAAGUGAAGGGGAAGGCAAAGUCUCGUUCGAAUCGCGCCGGACUCCAGUUUCCCGUCGGUCGUAUACACAGACUACUGAGGAAGGGCAACUACGCGGAGCGCGUCGGUGCCGGCGCACCGGUCUACCUGGCCGCCGUGAUGGAGUACCUCGCCGCCGAAGUGCUGGAAUUGGCCGGCAACGCGGCCCGCGACAACAAGAAGACAAGAAUCAUACCGAGACAAUUGCAGCUGGCGAUACGCAAUGACGAGGAGCUGAACAAGCUGCUAUCGGGCGUGAUAAUCGCACAGGGAGGCGUGCUGCCCAACAUUCAGGCGGUCCUUCUGCCUAAGAAGACCGAGAAGAAGGCCUAAUGGCCCGAAACACGACGACCGCGACGCAAUCACUAUUCAUCGGUCGCGAUGGCUGAUGAUAAAAGGCCCUUAUGAGGGCCACAAAUAUUUGUCAAACAAGCAAUCAUUAUAAAAAAUGAAUUAUUUCUACGUUUAUUAUAUUGUCGUUAUUAUAAUAUUACCCUAGCUGUUGUAAUAAAAUCAAAAAAAAAAAAAAAAACACAAAUAUAAUAUGUAAGGAAGGUAGUACACCUAUCUGUGUAGGU